AUGUCAGUGCAGCAUCCCACCACUACGUGGGAGGCAAAUCAAGAUGGCACAUCGUUCUUUAGGCGACAGGAGGUCUACGCGAUGCAAUGGAGCCUUGCAUCGCUCUCCGAUUUCAUCGUCGCUGGUGCGAGACGUGGUGGACCGAUAGCACUUCGCCGAAAUGAGUCGGCUAUUGUGCAAUAUGGGCAACAUACCACAUCUAAGCCCCAAGUACAGGUGUUCUCCUCUUCUGGGGCGCUGCUUAUCACAAUACCGUGGGAGCUCGGCAAAAUAGUGAAAAUGGGUUGGUCAUAUGAUGAACAACUCGUCAUACUCAACGAAGACGGUGUUUACCGGGUGUACGAUCUCCAAGGAGAAUACUCUCAGAAUUCCCUGGGACAAGAAGCACAAGAUUCAGGAGUCGUCGACGCUGUUAUUCAUGACUUUGGGAUGGUGGCACUUACUGGUAAUUUGGGUUUUAUGGAAGUGAAAGGUUGGGAGGGUGGUAGACCAGUGUCAUUGGCUCCACAGGUAAGAGUGCCAUGCAUAUUCCAUACCACCACUGUGUUGGGACAUUGUUCCCCCGAUCAAAGUCUCAGUCGCCAUGUCGAAGUAUUGCUCCCAUAUGAAAAUACUAUACUGAGUGUUGAUAGCUUGGAAAGCGUUGACCAACAAAUUUCCAGGGGACCUUUUCAACACAUAGUCAUUUCCCCAAGUGGAAAGGCCAUCGCUCUAUUGACGGUCUCCGGGACUCUUUGGGUCGUAUCAUCAAAUUUUCAGGAGAGUUAUACCGAGUAUGAUACAACGACUGAAGGAAUGCAAGGCCCGCCGCAACAACUUGUGUGGUGCGGUAACGAUACAUUGGUAAUGAACUGGGAGAUGAUAGUGGUUAUGGUUGGUCCUUUCGGGACUGUGCUAAAAUAUUAUUACACCUCACCAACACAUCUCAUUUCGGAGAUCGAUGGUGUCCGGAUAAUCAGCAGCGAUAGGUGCGAUUUUUUGCAGAAGGUGCCCCGGCCGUCAGAGAUGGUCUUUAAACCUGGAUCUACUUCUGCGGCCGCGAUUCUUUUUGACGCACUUGAACUAUUUGAGAAAAAGUCCCCGAGAUCGGAUGAAAUUAUUCGAAGUAUACGACCAGAGCUUGCCGGGGCCGUUGAUACAUGCAUUGCAGCAGCAGGGCACGAGCUUGAGCCAUAUUGGCAAAAGCGCUUGUUGAAUGCUGCAUUGUAUGGUCGUGCUUUCCUCGAUCUCUACAACCCAACAGAUCUCGUGGAGAUGGGUCAAGCGCUUAAAGUGUUGAACGCUGUUCGUUAUUUCGAAAUCGGCAUACCCAUCACUUAUACCCAGUACAUCCAAGCUUCCCCUCACCAUCUCAUCAACCGCCUCACCACACGCAAUCUCCACCUCCUUGCGCUUCGGAUAUCUAUGUAUAUCAAGCUUAAACCUGACGUCGUACUUCGACAUUGGGCGUCUGCCAAGAUCUCGCAAUCGAGAGUGGAGAUCGACGAAGAAACAAAACGGGCGAAGAAUGACGAUGAAGAAGUCUGUGGGUUGAUUGUUGCUAAGUUCGAGGCUCUUGGACCGGAGGCGUCCCAGGGUGUGAGUUACUCUGAAAUCGCGAAGAAAGCUUGGAGUGCUGGAAGGAGUCGUCUGGCUACGAUGCUUUUGGAUCAUGAACCGAGGGCAGGAGACCAAGUCCCGUUGUUACUUACGAUGAAUGAAGACCAGCUGGCCCUCACCAAGGCGGUUGACAGCGGAGACACCGAUCUAGUUUAUUAUGUAUUACUUCACCUUAAACGUCGCCUAAAUCUGGGGGACUUCUUCCGAUUGAUAGAGGAAGGCGGCCCUAAGCUGAAACUGGCGGCAGAUUUACUUCAGGUUUACGCCCGGCAACAGAACAGAGAACUGUUGAGGGACUUCUGGUUCCAAGAUGACAGGAGGACUGAAAGUGCAACGUUGGCUUUGGAAGAAGCUGCGAAUGCGACGGGCCUAGCAGCGAAGAUUGAGAAUAUCAAAAUUGCGGCUAAAUUUUUCUCGGAGGAUAAACAAAGGACUUUUGAAGCCAAAAUGAUGGAUGAAUAUCUCAAAUUGCUCGCCUUUCAGCAGCAGCUCGAGAAAGACUUAGACGAAACAAAACAAUUCGUUGGCCUCAGUAUUACAGAGACCAUCCGAGCAUGCAUUGUCGCGGGUCUUCACAAAAAAGCGGAACGAUUGCGAAACGACUUCAAGGUGCCUGACAAAAGAUGGUGGUAUACCAAACUUCACGCUUUGGUGGAUGUCAAAGAUUUUGACGGGCUGGAUGCAUUCGCCAAAUCGAAGCGUAGCCCCAUUGGUUACGAGCCUUUCGUCGAGUAUCUCGUGAGUCAGGGAUACACAAAGCAAGCGGCAUCCUUUGUCCCCAAGUGCGACUCUAAGUUACGGGUGGAUCUCUACGUCAAAUGCAAUGAGUGGAAGAUGGCGGCUCAAGAGUGCAAGGAACGAGGGGACAAGGCAAAGCUUCAGGAAUUGAAACAAUUGAGCCCAAAUAACGUCGUGGCCAGGGAACUUGAUGGGGUGCUUCUAACUAUGGGUUGA